AUGUCAGGGGAGAUGGAAGGCCUCAACGGGGCGGGGCGGGGCGGGGCGGGGCGGGGCGGGGCGGGGCGGGGCGGGGAUUCCAUACAAGGACAUCCAAUGGAAGACCAAAAGAAGUUGUCCGUGGACGAGUUUUGGAUCACCCAUGGCUUCUUGGGGAAGUACAAGAAAGUGGCGAAAUGGGUGGAGUCGAGCCACGGCCACUACCCGGACGGAGCCGUGGAGGGCGGGAUGACGUCCAGUGGAGAGAAGCUCUACGUGGCCAGGGCCGAGCACAAUGGCGACGUCCUGCCCGGCAAGCUCCACCCGUCCCACUCCGUCUGCUAUGUCGCGCACAACGGGAAGGAGCACGGCAAGAAUAUUUAUCAGGUGCUGGUGAAUCCCGCCAGGAGCAACUUGGGCUGGGUGGCGGCCUCCAGGGGAUCGGUCCCGGCAGGGACCCUACAGGGAGGACGCACGGCAAGGGGGGAGGCGCUCUUCAUCGGCAGGUGCAAGCACGCGGGUGAUCUCGUCUGCGGGAAGGUGCAUCCGAGCCACGGGGUGUGUUACAUCCCGUACGCCGGAGGAGAGCACGGGAGCCAGAACUACGAAGUCCUCGUGGUGAAGACCGUCGACCUCAAGUGAUCUCGACGAUUCAUUCGUUUGCGUCAUCUAUACAUACUUGCUUUCGUGUGACACGGACCCGGGUUGUCGCAUUUGGAAACGCAUGUUUGUUGUAUUCAUUUACUGGUGGUGGAUGAUCAUCGAAAGGGUGGAAUCCUCAUUUGGUGUCAUUGUAUCCCGAGCUUGUGUUGCCUGUACUGGAUCAUACUGUCUGAAUUCUUUGCAUGUCGUCAUAAGUAAUAGAUCGCUUGAGUUGCACAUUCCUAGACGUCUAUCCCUUCUGAUGGAUUAACGACUGCUACCAGAGAUGCUACCAGAG